ACUUGGCGAUAGAUUCCACGCUGGACCUCUGGGUGCCGCUGUCGUUCAGUCCGUGGUCAUUCUGACCCAGUGAUCUCCGCUGGCUUUCGUAAACACAUCCUUAAAAUGCAUGGCCCUGUGCUCUCUCGGUUAGAAUCUCUUAGCGCCCUAUCUCCUGCUUUCCGCUUAGAAUGUCCUGGCCAUCAUCUCCAGCGUGUUUAAUGACUCUGAUUGAGGUGUUGCCUUUUAAACUUACCUGGAAAGCUGGGAGUAGCUGCAGGGAGUGAAUUCGCGUCUCCACGACUGCGUGGAUAGGAAGUAGCCCACGGGGCAGGCGCACUGAGCGCAGGAAGCGCCGCCUCCCUCCUGCAAGUCUUUGUUCUGCUCUCAGAAGUGCGUAACUACUGCUCAGCGUCUUUGGAAAAGAAAGCAGAGCAGUUAAAUGUGGGGAAUCUGAGAGUGAGUGCUGAGAACUGCUCCACCUAGACACUGCAGAGACCAACUUGAGAAUGACUAGAUCGACACCGCAGUUCCACCAAAGAAGUUAUGUAAGCCACUAGAAUUUGAAAAUUACCUCUACCGAAAAUCAUAUAGACAGAAUCGGCCUGGGCUUAAAUGACAGCGGCUUGUGGCACAGACUGUUUUGGAAAUUCCGGAUGGCAUCUUAAUAUCAGCAUUUAAAAAUUCAGAUGCUGAGAAAAGCUCUACAAAUGUAUCGUGUGACUUUCAGAAACCAUCUCCUCUGACUUCAGAAGUGAAUGGAGAGCAAAAGUACUACUGAGAAAACCCGAGACCAGAGGAGCAGGACUGCCACUCCUCAGUGAUGGACAUGGGGGCAGAACAGCUCUGGACCAAACAAACAAACAGCCUGGAGCCUUGGAUUUUGAGCCACAUCUGUGCAGCUGACCCAUCCUGCAGAAGAGCUGACCCUCCCCGUGACCAUGUUCCAGGUGAUCCUCAUUGACAUCCUUAAGGUAGAGUUCUGUAAUUUCUAUACAAUCUCACAACUCAUACAGGAUAGAAUUCACUGUCCCCACAUUGCAGCAAUGCUUGAUUUUGAUUUAAAAGAAAGAAGGAAAGAAAGGAAGGAAGAAAGGAAGAGAGGAAGGAAGAAAGAAAGAACCGUGAGGAUAAAAGAUUGGAGACAGUCUAAAGACCCAUUUCCAAAGUCCCAGGUGAAAUGGCAGUCAAGAACUACAGUGUAGCACAGAUCACUGUCAACCAGGUUCCCACAGGUAAGAACUGAUAUUAUGUAAACAGGCCCACUGAGAGCUUUGCUUAAAUGGACUGGUGAAAACUGUUGAGGAGGGAGAGAUCCUACAGACAGUUCACCUCCAAGAAUCGCUGAGAGAAAAUUGUCAUCUACUGAGACAUGGAAUCCCGAAUGGGAGCAGACUCUAAAGCACAGGCUUGCCAUCCGUGCCCUCACAGGAACGAGCCAUCUCUUUGCUGCAGCACAAGCCUUACCCAAGCAUUUCCAUCAGCAAAAAAUAGUCCAGUGUGCAGAGAGUGAAGGUGCCUGCCAGUAACCUUAGCAUCCAGGAGGCUGAGCGAGAAGACCCCGAGAAUAAGGCAAGCCUCAACUACAAAGUGAGAUGCUAACAAAACAACAACAAAAGCAAUCAAAGUGCCGUUGUUUUUCUUUCUUCCCUUUUCUUUUUGUAGUGCGGAGAAUAAAGGCCUUUCCUAUGCUAGGCAGGUGUUCCAUAGUGAGCCACAUCCUGAGCCUUUAUUCUUCGUUGAGACAGGGUAUUGCUGUGUAGCAUAGGCUGGCCUCAUAUCUAUAACCCAUCUGUCUCUGCCCGCUGAAUGCUGGAUUAAAGAUGUGUACCAUUGUGCCUUGUGCCAAGGGAUUGGGAACAUUCUCCCAAGCUUCCCUCAGUACUUCAGACCAGUGCUUGGGAUCUCUCAUAACUCCUGUUUCUCCCUGACCAAGUGACUUUGCAUCAAGAGAGUGACAUCUGUCCUAUGUCAACACGGCCAGAUUGCAGCAGUAUUCCUGGAGAGACUACCUUUAAACUGAUUCUCAGCAUGAUAAUCAGGGUUUGGCUGGCUCAAUGCCAUCCAGAGCCUCCCUACGAGGGUGGGCGGCUGACACAAAACACAAGGAGUAUGCAUUGCCAACACCUUCAACUAGGUAAGGCACUGCAAUGCACACUGUGGAGCCUGUCUGCCUGGUGACCAAAGUAUACACCAACUUGAAGCACAAGAGCUAACUGUCCUGUCAUAUAUUUCAGACCAGUUAAUGUGAUUCUUCAAUCUGGGGACUCAUACAACGAAGUGUAUGCAACACUGCUCUGUCUCGGAGUCAGAACCUACCAGGGCCUAUGUGGUGGACAGUCACUACAGUGUCUAGUCUUUACCAUGAGUUUUCAGGAAUUGCUGCUAGACUUCAGUGUACCAAGUAUAUAGCACUGCCAGAUGGAGGUUUAGUUUUAAAAGCCUUGCUUAGUUUCUGUACUAUUCCUCCUCAAAAGGAUCCUGGCAAGCAUCCUGGGCCUAUUACUCUAUCUCCAACACUAGGACCGUCUGUCAGCCUGGUCUCCAGAGCAUGGUUUCGCUCCCAACUUAAGCCUCGCCCCUGAGUAGCAUCGAUGCCUGGUUUCACCUACCGGAUUCAUUCAGGAAACAUCUUUCAGUUGGAUAUUGCCUGCAGUGCCAACAAUGAAGCCUUACAUGUUAUAUUGGAGUCAAAUACGUGCAUCCAGGCUGACCUCAAACCCAUUGUGUAAGGCAACAGUGACUUCAACGUUCCUGUUCUCCUGACUCUAACUUUCUGCUAGGAUUACAGGAUUACAGACAUGCACACCACCCUUGGAUUUCUGCUGUGCUGUGGAUUGAACCCGGGGCUUUGUUCAUGCUCAGCUGUGAUGUGCAGAUCAGCUGAGCUACAUCUCCCACCCAAGCUCAGCCUCGGUGAAGUGAAAUACAUAAGGAAUCAUACAUUUAACAUAUAUUUACAAGAAAACAUUUCUCUCUGAUGAAAAGAUCUCUGGCAUAUCUAUAUAUCCAAAUAAUUUAUACUAAUGCUUCACCCAAAAAAAAUGUCAUUUUAUUACUAUAAUCCCAAAGUCAUAAUUUCUGUACAGGAAUGUGUAAGUGAACAUUGGGCACUGAUGAUUUACUUUUUGAAUAGAGUAAAUUAUGACAGAGCAAACAAAAGUAUUGUAAGUGUUCUGACCUUGGAGUGCAUUUCUUAUCUUAGUGCAAGUAUUUCAGAAUUCAGCAGAGCAUCAUGGAAUGCCUUGCCACUAUGUUAGAGUGAGUCAGGACACUCAGCAUAUGACAAAAUAGCAGGAAAUACAUGUGUAUAUGUAAAUGUGUAAUUUAUAAAACAUAUACUAGUUUUUUCAUAUGGUUUUAAAUGAUUUAAAGGUAUUUACCAUAACUAGAACAAAAGCAUUGACAUCCCAAGAAUACCCUUCCUGUUAGGCUGCACCAUUAGCUGGGGGAAGGAAUGGCUCCCACAGUGUCCGCACAGCUGAUGCUGUGGUCAACCUAAUGACUCCAAGUGCAGAGUGAUAACAGCUUUUUAAACUGGCCUUUCUCAGAUCUUCACACCUCUUUUCUCAUUGUUUUGGAAUCUAUUCAAAAUCUUUUUCUUGUGCUUUACCUCUUUUAUUUCACUUUCAGAUUGUUGUUUAAGUUAGUUUGCUAUCAACCUCCAUUUUCCCAUUUCAUGUUUUUGAACAAAGUAAUCAGCAGCUUUCCAGAUCUGCCAACAUUUCACUCAGUGGACAAACGUCUUUCACUGAGUGUUGUAAUCACUUAGUGGUUCAGAAGAUGUGAAAGUCGGCAAAAGUUUGCUGUUACUGCAGCUGAUCUGCAAGUGGAGACAACACUCUGGAUAAAGCAGGCUAGUUCUCAGAGUGACCCACAACCACAGCACUUUCAGCAGAAGGAACACUGUUAGCUGGGCGUUCUCUUCUGAAACAAACCAAGUCUUCACAACUGGCCUGAACUUGGGAUGUUAGGGCUCCAGAUUCUCAAAUUGUUCCUGCUUUCCUUCAAACUGUUAAGAUUCAGUUCAUUCAGGUGGGUAUGAUGGCACACGCCUUUACUCCCAGCACUUGGGAGGCAGAGGCAGGUGGAUCUCUAUGCCUGAGGCCAGCCUGGUCUACAGAGUGAGUUCUAGGAUGGCCAGGGCUGCACAGAGAAACCCUGUCUCAAAGCAAAACAAACAAAAAACCGACUCAACUCAUUCAUCUCAAUUGUCUGUCUGUUGACUGAAUCAUCAUCCUUCUUCACCAUUCUAAUAUCCCAGCUCUGCACUGAGCUCUGAACUUUCCAAGAACUCUCUUCAGCCAGGCUGCCUUACUGUUCUAAGAAGACACUUCUCAGGAGCUACUCUCCAUUUUCUGCAAAUGAAUUAUCUUCUUUGCCUACGUUGACCUUGGUCAUACCACUAGCAUUCUUUAGUCUCUUCAUACUGAAAGGACCAGAUGUUGAGCUUCAUAGCUGUUCCUGGGGACCACGAUUGAGCCUGAAACGAACCAGGGUGUGCUCACCACUGCAGCUGUGCCCCUCCAUCUCCCUAACAAUGACUAGAAGGAAAGUGACAUCCUCAUCAUUGUAGGCAAAAGAUACUGCUGCUUAAAAAAGCCAUCUUUUCUUGGGGAAUAUAAUGCAUGAUUGUAGAACACCUAUUAUCCCUAUAGCCUCCCUAAAAAUAAAGAUGUGGCUGUUUUCAUCCUUGAAGAAUAAUAAAUAUCACGUCUCUGUCUUUUGAGUUUGACGUCUAAAUUAUAUAUUCAUAUGAUCUUUUUAAUGAAAUUGCAGAACCCCAAUUUUAUUCUAUUCAAAAUAUAUUACCUUUGGGGGAAUUUUAAAUCUUAACAUAGCUUCUUCAGAAAAGAAGAGAUAUUUUUUAACAUUGUCUUCAAAAUACCAGGGUUCUAAAAAAUAUUCAGAGCACAAUGGAAGGAAAAUGGAAUGGAGACUAUUCUGAAGUCUGAAAGUUGAUCCCCCGGACACACAUCCUCAGAACUGCUCUUUGUGGCCUAAGAAAUUAUCAGAUGAUCAAGCUAUACAACAAAAAUGAGAGGCUGAUUUUCUUCUCUUUGUAGUUAGAGAACUCUUAGCUAUUAUUUCUUGAAUAGCAAACAGGGAACCAGAUCAUUUGGACUACCAGGUUCUCAGGCACAGUGCAAUGCAACAACAUAUCUAUAGAGAAGUGAGCGUUGUUUCUUCUUUACAUAUACUAUAUACUUAGUACAUACAUAUUCCUUAUGUACAUGUAUACAUACAUACAUAGAUAGUAUUGUAAAAAAAAAAAUUUUUUUUUAACUAUUUACCUGACAGUAAACCAGGACUUAAGAUACCUGAUUAAGGAGUGCAGUAACUUGUUAGGACUCUGGGCGCCGCUGUUCACCAACCUAGGGGAUACAUGCACUACACCACACGCCCAACUUAAAAAGAAAAAAGGGGAAAAUGCGUGACUCUUAGAUUCUCCUUCAUGCUAGAUUGAAAAUGUCUGCCUGAGACUGCCCAGAGUAUUUCUGAACAGCCCUCUGCUGUAAAUAUCUAAAAUAUUAAGGUAAAGAAGACCCUGGAAAAGCAGAGACACAAUACCCUUGAUACCAGAUUGAGAGGAAAAAAAAAAGCAGGAAGCCAGAGAGCAAUGGCGGUUCCAGAGAAGCUAACCGGCUGGAGCCUGCUGACGCUGCUGUGCUUUUCCCUGGAGCUACUGUUGGAAGCUGAGGCUGGAAACAUCCGAUACUCUGUGCCAGAAGAAACGGACAAAGGCUCCUUCGUGGGCAGCAUCGCCAAGGACCUGAGGCUGGAAACCCGGGAGCUGGUGGAGCGCGGGAUCCGCAUCGUCUCCAGAGGUAGGUCGCAGCUUUUCUCCCUGAACCCGCGAAGCGGCAGCUUGGUCACCGCGGGCAGGAUAGACAGGGAAGAGCUGUGCGCUCAGAGCACGCCCUGUGUCGUGAGCUUUAACAUCCUUGUGGAGGAUGAAAUGAAGCUUCUCCCUAUCGAAGUAGAGAUAAUUGAUAUUAAUGACAACACUCCCCAAUUCCAGUUAGAAGAACUAGAAUUAAAAAUGAGUGAAAUAACGACUCCAGGUACCAGAAUCCCUCUGCCUCUCGGGCAAGACCUUGAUGUGGGUAUAAACUCACUUCAGAGCUACCAGCUAAGCGCCAACCCUCACUUCUCCCUGGAUGUACAACAGGGACCUGAAGGACCACAACAGCCAGAGAUGGUACUGCAGAGACCUCUAGACAGAGAAAAAGAUGCUGUCCACUACCUUGUCCUCACUGCCUCGGAUGGCGGCAACCCAAUACAUUCAGGGACUCUGCAAAUUCAUGUUCAGGUGGUAGAUGUGAACGACAACCCACCAGCAUUUACUCAGGCAGAGUAUCAUGUGAGAGUCUCUGAGAACAUCGCAUUAGGCACUGGGCUACUCAAGGUGAAUGCUACUGACCCGGAUGAGGGAGCUAAUGGCAGAGUAACCUACUCCUUUCACAAGGUAGACCACAGUGUGGUCCGGAAAUUUCAGUUGGAUGCUUACACAGGAGAACUAUCAAAUAAAGAACCACUAGAUUUUGAAGAAUACAAAGUUUAUCCAAUGGAAAUUCAAGCUCAGGAUGGUGCUGGACUCAUGGCCAGAGCUAAGGUGCUGGUCACUGUUUUGGAUGUUAAUGAUAAUGCCCCGGAAGUUGGAAUCACGUCUGUCACUACCACAGUACCAGAAAACUUUCCUCCUGGGACCAUAAUUGCUCUUAUCAGUGUGCAUGAUCAAGACGCUGAUAACAACGGUCUCACUACGUGUUCCAUUCCUGGCAACCUACCCUUUAAACUGGAAAAGUUAGUCGACAAUUAUUACCGCUUAGUAACAGAAAGAACACUGGACAGAGAACAAAGUUCUAGGCACAACAUCACAAUAACAGCAACAGAUCAGGGAACUCCGCCCCUAUCUACCCAAGCUCACAUCUCAUUGCUGGUGACAGACAUCAACGACAACCCUCCAGUUUUCGAACAGGACUCCUAUUCUGUCUACAUUCCCGAAAACAACCCCAGAGGGGCUUCCAUCUUCUCAGUAAAGGCCCAGGAUGCGGACCACAACGAGAAUGCACUAGUGACUUACGCCCUGGUGGAAGACACUAUUCAGGGAGCACCUUUGUCUUCUUACUUCUCCAUUAACCCUGACACUGGAGUUGUCUAUGCCCUGCAAUCCUUUGACUAUGAGCAGUUUCGAGAUUUGCGGCUAAGAGUGAUGGCCCGUGAUAGUGGGAACCCACAACUCAGCAGCAAUGUAUCUCUGAGUCUGUUCAUGAUAGAUCAGAAUGACAAUGCCCCAGAGAUCCUGUACCCUGUCCUCCCUACUGACAGGUCCACUGGUGUGGAGCUAGCACCUCGAUCUGCUGAGCCCGGUUACCUAGUGACCAAAGUGGUAGCAGUGGACAGAGACUCGGGACAGAACUCUUGGCUGUCCUACCGUCUGCUCAAAGCCAGUGAGCCAGGGCUCUUCUCAGUGGGACUACACACAGGUGAGAUACGCACUGCUCGGGCCCUGCUGGACAGAGAUGCUCUCAAGCAGAGCCUGGUGGUGGCUGUGCAGGACCACGGCCAGCCUCCUCUGUCCACCACAGUCACAUUUACCAUAGCAGUGGCUGACAGCAUCCCUGACCUCCUGGCUGACCUGGGCAGCAUCGGAACCCCUGCUGAUCCCCAGGAUUCAGAUCUCACACUCUACCUGGUGGUGGCGGUGGCGGUAGUCUCCUGCAUCUUCCUAGCCUUUAUAAUAGGGCUCUCCGUGCUCAAGCUUCGACAUUGGUACUCCUCACGCUUGCUCCAGACUGCAGCAAAUGGACUGAUUGACCUGCCUGCCUCCAGCUUUGUAGGUGUUGAUGGGGUACAUGCAUUUCUACAGACCUAUUCCCGUGAGAUCUCACUCACCGCUGACUCUCGAAAGAGCCACUUGAUCUUCCCACAACCCAACUACGCAGACACACUCAUCAGCCAAGAGAGCUGUGAGAAAAAGGAAUUUCUGACAGCACCCCAGCCUCUGCUUGAAGAUAAAGAGGAAAUAUUUUCUCAGGUAAAUUUGUAAUGACCUUCAAAGGUAUAUCAAUGAAAAUAAUGCAUGGCUGUACAUACUUGCUUUCAGUGUCUUCUAUAAAUAAUAUAUUCCAUUAUACCCCA